AUGGCGGAGGCGCCCGAGACCGCCGCCCCCACCCCGCCGCCGCCAGCGCCAGCUCCGGCGCCGGCGACUUCGUCCCCGCCUCCCAAGUCGGGGAUCCCGCCGCGGUACGACCUGGACGCCAAGUGGGACGCGUGCCUCGACCUCUCCAUCCGCCGCGUCGCCUACUCCUCCCUCGCCGGCGCCUUCGCGGGCCUCCUCCUCUUCCGUAAGGAUACUCCCCCAUUGCGCUCUGUCUCGUGA